AUGUUAAGAGCAUCAUCCAAAAGCAUAAUAAAACAAGCUAUUAGAAACAGAAGUUCUAGUUCAACUUCUGCAUUAGCUUAUAAAACAUUACAUAGAAAUCAAAAAAGACCUCCAUUACCAACUUUAGAUACUCCAAAUUGGUCAGCUGAUACUGCUGUUUCUUCAAUUUUAUAUGAAACUCCUGUUGCUUCAAAAUUGCCACCAAAACAACAUGUUUUAAAUUGUUUAGUUCAAAAUGAACCUGGUGUUUUAUCAUCAGUUUCUGGUACUUUGGCUGCUCGUGGGUUUAAUAUUGAUUCAUUAAUUGUUUGUAAUACCGAAGUUAAAGAUUUAUCAAGAAUGACAAUUGUUUUAAAAGGUCAAGAUGGUGUUGUUGAACAAGCAAGAAGACAAAUUGAAGAUUUAGUACCUGUUUAUGCUGUUUUAGAUUAUACAAAUGCUGAAAUUAUAAAAAGAGAAUUAUUAUUAGCAAGAGUUUCAUUAUUAGGACCAGAAUAUUUUCAAGAAUUAAUUGCAACACAUCAGUUACAUAUUGAUGAUGGUUCUUCAAUACCUGAUUUAUCUGCAUGUGAUUCAGCUUUUCAUCCAAGUAAUUUAGCUCCAAGUGAAGCUUUAAGACAAAAACAUAUACAUUUAGAUCAUAUUACUACAAUAACAAAACAAUUUGGUGGUAAAGUUGUGGAUAUAAGUGAUAGAAAUGUUGUUGUUGAAUUAAGUGCAAAACCCAGCAGAGUUACUUCAUUUAUUACUUUGAUACAACCAUUUGGUAUUUUAGAAUUGGCAAGAUCAGGUAUGAUGGCAUUACCAAGAACACCAUUGGAUAGACAAUAUGAAGUUGAUGAACCUGCAGUUGAUGCUGCUGAUAUUGUGGAUGCAUCACAAUUACCACCAGGCUAG